CAUUCGACUUCGAAAACCCUCAUUUAAACUUCCUGCUUUAUUUGAGUCGCUACGUUAAUGGAAGCCUCGACGUCCAUUCCAUCUUCGGCGGUUAGGUCAUGGAGGACGAUCUUUUUGACAUUGAGGGACGAAGUGCAGAACUCUCCAACUGGUUCUACUGUCGUUCAGCUCCUUAACAAUCUAAUUUUCUCCCAAUCUGAAACCCUGAUUGCCGCUAUCCCCAAUCUCCCUGUCCAUGAGGUCACCUCGGAUGCGAUGUUUCUUUUGGAAUUGGUCGGGCCCAUAUCGAAUUCCAGAGGGGAUGAGGAUACUCGUCAUGCGUUGGUGCAGCUAUCCAACCUGAUUCAUAGCUUCAGCCAUCUCAUUUCUUUCAAAGUGACAUCAUCAACAUGGGGUCUUAUACUUCACACCUUUGGAGGAAUGGUGGAAAUGUUUCUUGGCAUAGCUGGAAUAAAAAGAGAUUCUUCAGAUAAUAUUUCUGUCACUGAAGCCACCAAACACUGCUUAGAGACUGUUAGGUCUCUUGUUGAUGCUAAUCAGAGAACAAUUACACUAUCAGACAAUGUGCAACUGUUAAACUUUCUUCUCAAAAUAGUUAGAUUAUCUCAUAAUAUUCGAAAAAGCAGUCCAUGGGAAAUUCAGACAACUGUUUUUACAAUGAUGAGUGAAGUUUUUUCAAGAGUUGGGACUUCUUUACCAACUGACCAUUGGCAAUCAGCAGUUGAUGCUUUCAGAAAUACUCUGGAUGUAUUGGCAAGUAAAGGUCCACUCAUGGAAGGCAAUGUAAUGGAUAGAUUUUAUACCUCACUCCUUCAUUCCCUGCACUUGGUUCUAGUAAAUGCAAAAGGAUCCCUUCAAGACCAUGUUGCUGGUUUUGUAGCUGCAUUAAGAAUGUUCUUUGGUUAUGGUCUUACUAGUACGUCACAGAUUGUCUACACAAAGGAAGUUAGGAUGCCAAGCCUUAAUUCUGAAUCAGCUGGAUCCAGUAGUGGGCCCUACAGGCCUCCACAUGUGCGUAAACAGAGCCAAAAAGGGAUGCAGUCAAAAGAUUCCAAAUUGGAGUUUUCACAUGCAGCUUCUAUAGGUUAUAUGUCAUCUGAUUCUGAUUUUAGUGACAGUGAUGGAUCAGCUAAAGGUAUUGGUAAUUACCGAAGCUCUAAGAUUAGAGUAGCUGCCAUUGUUUGCAUACAGGAUCUUUGUCGAUCUGAUCCAAAGUUAUUUACUGCCCAAUGGACAAUACUUUUGCCCUCAAGUGAUGUGCUUCAAGCAAGGAGGUAUGAAGCAAACCUGAUGACAUGUUUGCUAUAUGAUCCAUAUCUUAAGGGGCCCGCAUCUGUUUUUCUUCAAGUAGCUGAAUACAAGGAAUCUACCAAGUUGGGAUCUUUUACUGCUCUUUCCAGUUCACUUGGUCAGAUUUUGAUGCAACUUCACACCGGUAUCCUGUAUUUGAUUAAACAUGAAAAAAACAGUGGAUUCCUAACCUCCUUGUUCAAGAUUCUCACACUUUUGAUCUCAUGUACACCAUACUCAAGAAUGCCUGAUCAGUUGUUGCCUACUGUUAUCUUGAAUCUUCAUGAAAGGAUUGUUGAAGGCUUUCUUUCUCAUAAUGAUCAAACCGGGCUGCUGGCUGUUGCUCUAAGUUGCUUAAUGGAUGCUUUAUCUGUCUCACCUUCUUCACUCAAAGUGAAUGAGAUGUUUGUUAUAGAAAUAUCUAUAGGGCUUAAAAUUGAGAAAACAUCUUCUGGUCUUCUUUCUACUUUGUUUUAUUAUUCCCAACCAUCUACAAGCCCAACAGUUAGCCUUGAAGCUCUCCAGGUUCUUAAAGCUGUGGCACACAAUUACCCAAAUUUAAUGGUUCUAUGCUGGAAACAAGUCUUCUCUAUCAUUUCUGAAUUUUUGGAUCCGAUUCUUGAAGGCUCUUCAAGGGUAGGGGCAGUAAAUUCCGGACACAUUGUAGGGACAAUUAGGGAAAAAGUUAUAACCAAUGCAAUCAAGCUACUGGAUGAAUGUCUGCGUGCUAUAUGUGGAUUUAAAGGAACUGAAGAUCUUUCUGAUGAUAAAUUACUAAACAGUCCUUUUACAUAUGAUUACAUUAAAGUGAAAACAAUAUCAUCUGCUCCAUCAUAUGGAUUGGAGAGCCAACCAGUGGCUAAUGGUGAUCAUCCAGCUGGCAGUGAGCAGUGGUGUGAAGCCAUUGAAAAGCAGUUAUCAUCAACUCUCUUUCAUACUUCACCCAUGGCGAGGGCUGCUUCAAUUACUUGUUUUGCAGGAAUAACUUCAAGUGUUUUCUUUUCCCUUCCAGAGGACAAACAGGAUCAGAUCAUCACUUAUUCUAUCAGUGCUGCUCUUGAUGAUGAUGUUCCAUCAGUAAGAUCUGCUGCAUGUCGUGCCAUUGGUGUUAUUUCAUGUUUCCCACAAGCUUUUAUGAGUGUGGUGACCCUUUGCAAGUUUAUCAAUGCUGCUGAAGUCAAUAGCAAUCAUCCAUUAGUCUCGGUUCGCAUUGCAGCCUCCUGGGCUUUAGCUAAUUUAUGUGAUUCUGUUCGCCACUGUAUCGACAGAUUUACCCCUUCAAGCUCUUCUGUAGAGUUAAAGGAUUGCACCAAAAUGGUGUCUCUGUUAAUUGAUUGUUCUUUACGGCUUACAAGAGAUGGUGAUAAGAUCAAAGCAAAUGCUGUGAGAGCCCUUGGAAAUCUUUCAAGAUUUGUUCCAUGUUCAACUCAAGAUUUCCAUAUUUCUGUAGAAACUGAAAGAUGUCUGACAUCAACUUCAUUUCUACAACUAAUGUGGGAAGAUUUCUCUUGGUUGGAAAGAAUGGUGCAUGCAUUUCUUUCUUGUGUUACAACCGGAAACGUCAAGGUACGGUGGAAUGUUUGUCAUGCAUUGAGCAACUUAUUUCUCAAUGAGACAUUAAAACUUGAAGAUACAGAUUGGGGUCCUUCAGUUUUCAGUAUUCUUUUACUUCUUCUACGCGAUUCAUCCAAUUUCAAAAUCAGGAUACAAGCUGCAGCUGCAUUAGCUGCACCUUCAACUAUACUUGAUUAUGGGAAGUCAUAUUCAGAUGUUGUUCAAGGGGUGGAGCACACACUUGAGAAUCUUGGUUCAGAUCAGAUGUUUGCUCCUUCAAGUUUCAAAUACAGGGUUGCACUUGAGAAGCAGUUAACAUCAACCAUGCUGCAUGUUCUUGGAGUUGCUUCAGGAACUUGUCAUCACCCUGUUCAUGAUUUCCUUAUAAAAAAAGCGUUGUUUCUUGAGGAGUGGCUAAGGGGGUUAUGUUCAUCUGUUAUGAAUGAAGAAUUUGAAGGUGAACAUGAUGUCACGUGGAACCAAAAGAAAGAGGUAAUAAAUAGAGCAAUAGAGUCGCUUGUUAAGGUAUAUGAAGGCAGGAAUCAUCCAGUCAUGGCAGAAAGAUUUAAAAUGUUGGUGGACAAACUACAGGAAUGUCCUCUUCCAGAGAUCUAACUAUACUUGUUUUCUUAUGUUUUUUGUUGUAAAAUGUGCUUGAGUAGUGUUUGGCAGACUAGCUGUUAGUUGAUAAAAAGUGAUGUUUGAGAAACUAGCGAUAAAGCUAGCAUAGAAAUGUAAAAUGAUAAUCAGACAUGUAGAAUAAUGAUUCAGUAUUACAAGGCAAGUAUGUAGU